UGCUGGACGCAUAGAGAAUGUUUCAGUUCAGCUAAAAUUGCAGUAAGUUAACCAGCAGUAGCUGUAUGAACAGACUGGAGUCAGACGUGCCUGCCUAGUGGGAAAUACUGCUGUAAAUACAGAGAAGUUCACUUGUAAUGCAGACCUGGCAGUUCUGAAGCUGGGAGCCCUUCCUCUGCCGCUAGCCUGUGCACUUUGCUGUAGGAUCCAGCAGGCCGGCACCUCCUGGACUAAGGGUCCAUUUCACUGGCUGUAGAGAAGCUGGAAAUGUCCCAGUGAUCCUGUAAUUGCUGAGAAGUUUCUCCUGGGCUCAUGAGUUACAAUCAAGAUGAGGAUUUCCUUCCACUCCCACUGUGCAAUGGGCAACCUCUCUCUGUGCAGUUACAUCAUUUUCUUUUUUAUGCUCCAUGUUUCUACACUGGAAUCAGUGAAUUUCAAGGUUAUUGGACCUGAUCAUCCCAUCACGGUCUCUGCAGGGGAAGAUGCCCUGUUACCCUGUCACCUCUCCCCCAGCAUGAAUGCUCAGGAGAUGGAGGUGCGCUGGUUCCAAUCCAAGGACUCUGAACUUGUCCAUCUGUAUCAGGAUGGAAAAGAUCAGACUGAGCUGCAAAUAUCAAAGUAUCGGGACAGAACAGAGCUGCUGAAGGACGGUAUCGUGGAUGGAAGAGUUGCCCUGCAUAUACGCAACAUCACCCCCUCUGACCAAGGACAGUUUAUCUGUUUCUUCCGAUCACCCAGCUUUUUUGGGGAAGCCACUCUGGAACUGAAGGUGACAGGUCUGGGCUCUACUCCUCGCAUCUCUAUUGACAGCUACCAGAGCAGAGGGAUCCACAUGGUGUGUGAAUCUGCUGGAUGGUACCCGAAGCCCCAGGUGCAGUGGAGAGACCUGAGGGGGCAGCACUUACCAUCCCUGACAGAAAAAAUAAUUCAACAUGAUAACGGCCUGUUUGAAGCACAAAUUUCCAUUAUUGUAACAGAAACUUCCAGUCAGGAUCUGUCCUGCUCUGUCAGCAACUCCCACCUCAACCAAGGGAAAGAAUCCAUGGUCUACAUCGCAGAUUCUUUCUUCCUGGGGGCCUGCCCCUGGAAUGUGGCUGUGCACAUACUCCUGGUUGCUUUGGGUUUGCUCAUUUUCACGGCCAGCUACUUCUUCUGGAAGCAACACAAGGCAAAAGGGAAACUUGUUGCGGAUCUUGAGAAACAGCUUGCAGAAAAAGAGACGCUCCAGAAUGAACUUCAAUUGAGAAGAGUUCAAAUAUAUCAAGCCAGCGUGAUUCUGGAUCCAGUCACUGCUCAUCCUGAUCUCAUCCUGUCUGAGGAUCAGACAUGUGUAACAAAAGGAGAUACAGCACAGAAUGUGCCAGACAAUCCUGAGAGAUUUGAUUCUUCUGUGUGUGUCCUGGGUUCUGAAGGUUUCACAUCAGGGAUACAUUACUGGGAGAUGGAAGUGGGGAAUGGUGGUGACUGGUGGGCUGUAGGGGUUGCCAGAGAGUCUAUAAAGAGGAAGGGAUGGCUCAAUUUUAGCCCAGUGGAGAAGAUCUGGGCUGUGGAGUGUGACUGGGGUAAAUACCAGGCUCUUGACUCCUCUGUGAUCCAUUUGCCUCUGAAUGAGCGACUUGGGAAAAUUGGGGUUUCUCUGGACUUUAAAGAGCGCCAUGUAGCAUUUUAUGAUAUUGAUAACAUGGUGCCAAUAUACACUUUCAAAGAGGUCUCUUUCUCUGAUGAGAAAAUCUUUCCUUUCUUCUGUAUCUGGAGAACUCCAGGAAAAUAUAUCAAACUGUGUGACCGAGAAAAGAGUUAGCCCUACAUUUUCAAGUGUCCAUUAUUUUUUGGUGCCAGCGCUCAAAAUUAGAGGGCACUUAUGAAAAUUUAGAGCAAAUUACCUUACUGUGCCCAGAAUUCUGUACCUUUCAAAACUAUAGAAAACAUGAAUGGUCAGGAGAAAAUGUCAAUGGAACAGCAUUUACCCAAGUUAUUUUUCUAACUGUGACGGGUUGGAUCACAGAAACCCCCUUGGGAGCUGCCACCUGAUGUGCAAAGACUACCUCUGCUCCUGUUUUCCCUGCCAGCUCAGGAUUCCAGCACCCUGUCUUGCUGAGCCAGACACUCCCGUCUGCUCCAACACAGACCCAGGGUCUGAAUCACUUGUCCCAGAGCUGCAAGUUUACCCGAAAACAGCUCACAGAAGUGUGCUUGUCUUUAGCACUCAGAUGCCCAACUCCCAAUGGGGUCUAAACCCAAAUAAAUCCAUUUUACCCUGUAUAAAGCUUAUGCAGGGCAAACUCAUAAAUUGUUCGCCCUCUAUAACACUGAUAGAGAGAUAUGCACAGUUGUUUGCUCCCCCAGGUAUUAAUACAUACUCUGAGUAAAUUACUAAAUAAAAAGUGAUUUUAUUAAAUACAGAAAGUAGGACUUAAGUGGUUCCAAGUAGUAACAGACAGAACAAAGUAAGUCACCAAGCAAAAUAAAAUAAAAUGCGCAAAUCUAUGUCUAAUCAAACUGAAUACAGAUAAUCUCACCCUCAGAGAUGCUUCAGUAAGUUUUUUCUCAGGCUGGACACCUUCCAGGCCUGGGCACAAUUCUUUCCCCUGGUACAGCUCUUGUUCCAGCUUAGGUGAUAGCUAGGGGAUUCUUCAUGAUGGCUCCUCUCCCCCUCUAUUCUCUUCCACCCCUUUAUCUAUCUUUUGCAUAAGGCGGGAACCCUUUGUCCCUCUGGGUUUCCACCCCCCCUCACUGGAAAAGCACCAGGUUAAAGAUGGAUUCCAGGUCAGGUGACAUCACAUGUCACUGCAAGACUUCAUUGCCCACUUGCCAGCACACACAUAUACAGGAAGACUAACAGGUAAACACAGCUAUCUGCAGACAAUGGUCCUGGUUAAUGGGAGUCAUCAAGAUUCCAAACCAUCAUUAAUGGCCCACACUUUACAUAAUUACAAUAGGCCCUCAGAGUUAUGUUUUAUAUUUCUAGUUUUAGAUACAAGAG